AUGGAUUUCUUAGUAGUAGUUUGGGAAGGUGUCGUGGCUGUUGGUGUAACUUUUGACGUUGCAGUGGAUGACAGAGGGACAGUAAAUGUAGACGCAGUGGCCGUAGUGGUGGGAGAUGUGCCGGCAGAUGGAACAGUGGAUGUAGAUAUAAACGACAAUCGAGUUGUGAUAAAUCUCUCCAACUGGGUUCAAUGUAUGAUCCUCAACAAGACGACUCCAAAAGAGAGGGCCGAAAUCCUCGUAAAGUUCGUCCACGUGGCAAAGCACCUUCGAAAAAUCAAUAAUUUCAACACAUUGAUGUCAGUGGUCGGAGGGAUCACCCACUCGUCGGUGGCACGGCUGGCGAAGACUUAUGCGGUGCUGUCGAAUGAUAUCAAGAAGGAAUUGAACCAACUGACGAGUCUUCUCUCGGCUCAACACAAUUUCAGCGAGUAUCGCAAGGCGUUGGCGGCAUGCAACAAGAAGUUCCGCAUUCCUAUUAUAGGUGUCCAUCUGAAAGACCUCGUCGCAAUCAACUGCUCGGGUGCGAAUUUCGAAAAAACCAAAUGUAUCAGCAGUGAGAAACUCGUGAAACUCGCCACUUUGCUCUCGAAUUUUCUGGUAUUCAAUCAGAAAGGACACAACCUGCCGGAGAUGAAUAUGGACUUGAUUAACACGUUGAAAGUGUCCCUGGAUAUCAGAUAUAGUGAUGAUGAUAUCUAUGAGCUGUCGUUGAGGAGGGAACCGAAAACUUUUAUGAAUUUCGAACCCUCGCGUGGUGUCGUCUUCGCCGAAUGGGCAUCCGGCGUGUCCGUGGCGCCCGACAACGCUACAGUAUCCAAACACAUCAGCGCCAUGGUUGACGCCGUCUUCAAGCACUACGACCACGACCGUGACGGCUUCAUUUCCCAGGAAGAAUUCCAACUAAUCGCCGGCAAUUUCCCCUUCAUCGACGCCUUUGUGAACAUCGACGUGGAUAUGGACGGUCAGAUUUCGAAGGACGAGUUGAAGACGUAUUUUAUGGCGGCGAAUAAGAAUACGAAGGAUUUGAGAAGAGGUUUCAAACACAACUUCCACGAGACCACAUUCCUCACGCCGACGACGUGUAGUCACUGUAAUAAACUUCUGUGGGGAAUACUCAGGCAGGGAUUUAAGUGUAAGGACUGUGGGCUGGCUGUUCAUAGUUGCUGUAAGUCGAAUGCGGUGGCCGAGUGUCGGAGGAAGAGUUCCAGCAAUUUGACGAAAGCCGCCGAGUGGUUAUCGUCGCCGAGGGGAAGUGUGAGGAGUAAACUGUUUAGUACUUGCAAAUCGUCUCGUCCGCGUACGGUCUCCGCCGUCGUCGCCACGUCACCGACCGCCGACGCGAAGCCGACAUGCUCCGCCCGUCUCAACCCACCGCCUCCAAUGCUCAAAGACUGUCGACCACAGUCGGAAAGCACCGAAUACUACCACUCCGGAAGCACGCCCGACGAGGAAAUCGGUUUGGUAAGCUUGGCGUGCGAAGAAGUUUUUGACGACGACGAUCUCGCCGACAUCUCCUACCGUACCGCCUGA